AUGGUGACUAUCAUCACCGGUGCGCUUGGGUACGCUUUUGGGUUGUUCUUACGCAUUCGAUAUACCCAGGAGCCAGCCAACGCAGCAGUUUAUAACGCAAUGGAUUUAUUUUUACUUUUAUCACCUUGUGGAUUUAUUGCGGGUCUUUUCAUGAUGCUUGUUCCAAUUGCCACUUAUCUCGAGGCUCAAGAAUUCCUGCUUAUUAAACCUAACCUUCUGACUAAGAUCUUCUUGGUAGCUGAGUUCACUGCCUUCUUAGUUCAGGGUACCGGAAGUGCAAUGAGUAUUGCCUUCGAUAUCGAUAUUAGGAUUCUUGGAGCUAAGAUCCUUCUGGGUGGAUUGGUCCUCCAAACAAUUUCUUUAACCGCGUACAUGAAUAUUUUUGGACUGUUUGUCUUUCGUCUACGCAAGUAUCGUAAAGGAGAAUGGGGGAGUCGACCAAAUGGGUUUUUGAAGCAUUGGCUCGUGCUUUUAGUAGUUAUUGGGGUCAGUAUUCAGAAUCUGAGCAUACGAGGCGGAUACCGGAUGCUUGUGGCUAUGCAAGGACCUAAUGGAUCGUUGUCGAGUUCGGAGCAGUUCUUCUAUACUGCCGAAUGCGCGACACUAUGGGGUUCCAUUAGUGUCUUCUUAACAGUUUGGCCACCACGGUACUUGGCUAUGCCUAGGUCGGGGUCAGUCCUCGCGGAAGAUACAGAAGUACAAUCUGUAACUUCGUUCUACUCCAAGUCUUGA